AUGUCGGAAACAUGCGCCCUGUCGACUGUAUCCAAUGCCUGGCCACUUUGCAUACGUAACAUCUGCUGCGUUGGCGCUGGCUAUGUUGGUGGUCCAACUGCGGCUGUUAUUGCAUAUCAAAAUCCUCAAAUCCGUGUCACCGUUAUAGAUCGAGAUGAGAAACGGAUUAAACGUUGGAAUUCCAAGCAUCUCCCGAUCUAUGAGCCGGGUCUUAGAGACAUCGUCCGGAUCGCCCGAGAUGGCUCUCGGGGUUGCUUGUUCCUGAAUGAACACCCUAGUGUGAGAUCGGCUGACGUGCCGUCCGAGACAGCAUCGCCACCACCAAGGUGUAGCACCAUCCCCGCUCGUGAGCCGAACCUCUUCUUUUCCACCGAUGGUGUCAGAUGCAUUGGAGAGGCCGAUGUAGUAUUCGUUGCGGUCAAUACUCCAACUAAAACAAGAGGCAUGGGCGCUGGAAGUGCCACCGAUAUGACCGCGUUCGAGGCAGUAAUUAGCGUAGUCGCACAACACGCUCGGCCUGGAGCCAUUAUUGUGGAAAAAUCAACUGUUCCGUGUAAAACUGCACAGUUUGUGGAAAAGACCAUGUCUAUUUAUCGCCCAGGUGUACACUUUGAUAUCCUUUCAAAUCCAGAAUUUUUAGCCGCUGGUACAGCCGUGAAAGAUCUCAUGAGACCUGAUCGCAUUCUCAUCGGGAGUUCGACGACACCAUCGGGCAAACGAGCAGCCGAAGCACUUGUGAAGGUGUAUGCCUCAUGGGUUCCUAAAAGCCGAAUUAUCACAACCAAUAUUUGGUCUUCAGAAUUGGCCAAACUCGUAGCAAACUCCAUGCUAGCCCAGAGAAUUAGCUCUAUCAAUUCGAUAUCUGCUAUAUGCGAAAAUUUGGGCGCAGAUGUGGACGAGGUGGCGGCCUCUAUCGGCUGCGACCCAAGAAUUGGUAACAAAUUCCUGAAGGCUGGUAUCGGCUUCGGUGGUAGUUGCUUCAAGAAAGAUAUUCUAAGCCUUGUGUAUCUGGCCGAAUCUUUUGGACUUCAAGAAGUCGGCGAAUACUGGCGCCAAGUUGUAAAAAUGAACGAAUACCAGCUUGAUCGCUUUAGUAAGCGUGUUAUCAAGUGCCUUAAUAACACCUUGAUCGGAAAGAAGGUUACUAUUCUAGGUUACGCAUUCAAAGCAAACACUUCCGACACACGUGAAUCUCCAACUCUGGAAAUCAUCGAGACGCUCUUGGAAGAAGGUCCAAAGGAAAUCGCUAUCUUCGAUCCUUGUUGCAAUCCGGUCGUUAUCAGAGAGGAGAUCAGAACCCUGCUCAAAGGAAAAACGGCCCUAAAGGCCGAUGGAGGUCCCAUUGUAGUGUAUAAUGACGCGUACCUGGCGUGCGUGGCAUCUAAUGCGGUUCUCAUCACAACCGAAUUUGAGGAGUUUCGCAUGGAUUCAUCGAAGCCCGCGUCUCACAUACGACGUCGAGUCGGGAGUGUGGACCCCAGACCCUUUCUUCCAAACGGCCCAUCUGAGUCUGAAAUUCUAGCUCUACAUGAAUACCUCAUUGGAUCUGGAUCCUAUCUAGAUAAAGAGGAUCCAUUGCAAAGAUAUGUACAUGAGCCAUCAUGUGCGAACGACUGCCCAGACUGCGGCUCAGACCAGAGUAGCUAUUUAACAGGUAGCAGCUCAACGGAGCACAAACCCAAGGAGAAGCUAGACUGGACCAAGAUUGUAGAUCAUCUACAGAAGCCGAAAUGGGUUUUCGAUGGCCGAGGUAUCACCAAUGCCGAGACACUCAACAAGCUGGGAGUUAGCGUUGAGAGUGUUGGUCGAUGA